AUGCCCCCAAUUCGCACCUCGCGCAAUCGCAAACCUCCGCCAGCAGGCUUCGAGGACAUAGAAGACACGUUACUCGAGUUUAGCAACAAAAUGAAGGAUGCUGAGAAUGCUUCUCAUGAAGGGAAAAAGAAACACGAAAUGCUGUGGCCUAUUUUCCAGAUCAGCCACCAGCGUUCGCGAUAUAUUUAUGAUUUGUAUUAUGAAAAGGAAGCCAUAUCAAAACAAUUAUACGACUGGUUGCUCAAGAAUAAUUAUGCUGAUGCAAACCUAAUCGCAAAAUGGAAGAAACAAGGAUACGAAAAGCUUUGUUGUCUCCGCUGCAUUCAAACUAAAGAGACCAACUUCAAUGCAACGUGCAUCUGCCGGGUGCCUAAAGCGCAGCUUAAGGAUGAACAGAUGAUACAAUGUGUCAGUUGUGGUUGUAGGGGUUGUGCUAGUAGUGACUAGGAUGUGGUUUGCAGUAUUAAACUGGAGUUGACGUUCAAUGCGCAUGAUUCUUCCCUUUCCUCGAAAGGAGCUAUCGAGUCAAGAUGAUAGCAAGGUCACGAUCCAGGCAUUAUUCAUGGUACAAUGGCGUUCAAUUGGAUGAGUUCGGAUUAUAAAAGGUAUUGCAUUCUGCUUUCCAUAUUCUU